GGAGGAGGUUCGGGUCGCGGCUGAAUCCCCCUCCGGAGGAGAGAAGCGAGAAGAGAAGACGUCGCGGAGGGAGCGGAGCGGUGCUCAGCUGCAGCUGGAAGGAUGUUCUCCUCUGUGAAGGCGUUUGAGGGGCAGCACUAUUCGGUCCUGAAGAAGCAGUGCAUGCAGAGUGGGACGCUGUUUGAGGACCCGCUCUUUCCUGCUGUGGACGACUCGCUCUUCCUGCAGGGGAACCGCAUUGGGCACGUGCACUGGAAACGGCCGGGAGAGCUGUGUGAUGAUCCUCAUUUAUUUGUGGACGGGAUUAGCGCUCACGACCUGCACCAGGGGCAGCUGGGGAACUGCUGGUUCGUGGCGGCGUGCUCCAGCCUGGCCUCCCGUGAGUCUCUGUGGCAGAAAGUUAUUCCGGACUGGAAGGAUCAGGAAUGGGAUCCGGAGAAACCAGAUUCAUAUGCAGGAAUCUUCCACUUCCGGUUCUGGCGUUUUGGAGAAUGGGUGGACGUGGUGAUUGAUGACCGGCUGCCCACAGUGGAUAACCAGCUGGUUUACUGCCACUCAAACGACAGCAACGAGUUCUGGAGCGCCCUGGUGGAGAAAGCUUACGCCAAAGUUUAUGGAUGCUAUGAAGCCCUGGAUGGAGGAAACACAGCUGACGCUUUAGUGGAUUUCACCGGCGGGGUGUCGGAGCCCGUGGACCUGCUGGAGGGUCAGUACGCUCAGGAUGAAGCUGCCAGGAACCAGCUGUUUGAGAGAGUGCUGAAAGUGCACAACAGAGACGGACUCAUCAGCUGUUCCAUCAGGGCCACCACAGUGGAGGACAUGGAGGCUCGACUGGACUGUGGUCUGGUUAAAGGUCAUGCCUACGCGGUCACGGACGUGCGGAAGGUGCGCCUGGGCCACGGCCUGCUGGCCUUCUUCAAGUCAGAGAAGCUGCACAUGAUCCGGAUGCGUAACCCCUGGGGGGAGAAGGAGUGGAGCGGACCGUGGAGUGACAGCUCGGAGGAAUGGAAGAAGGUGAGCAAGAGCGAGAGGGAGAAGCUGGGGGUCACAGUUCAGGACGACGGAGAGUUCUGGAUGAACUUUGAGGAUUUCAGUCACUACUUCACCGACCUGAUCCUGUGUCGGCUGAUCAACACGUCCUACCUGAGCAUUCACAAGACCUGGGAGGAGGAAGUAAUGCAUGGCUCCUGGGUCUACAAAGACGACCCCCUGCGCAACCGCUCGGGGGGCUGCAUCAAUCACAAAUCCACCUUCCUGCAGAACCCACAGUAUGUGUUUGACGUGAAAAAGGUGGAGGACGAGGUGUUGAUCUGCCUGCAGCAGAAAGAGAAACGAGCCACUCCCAAAGAGGGCAAAGGGGAGAACCUGGCUAUAGGAUUCGACAUCCAUCGGGUGGAGCUGAACCGGAAAUAUCGCAUGCAUACGCCUCAGCAGAAAGUCGCCGGUUCCAUCUACAUCAACUCUCGCUGCAUCUUUUUGAGGAAGGAGCUUAAAGAAGGACGUUACGUCAUCAUCCCCACGACCUUCGACCCCGGUCAGCAGGGAGAUUUCCUGCUCCGGGUUUUUACUGAUGUGCCUUCAGACUGCAAAGAGUUAACUCUGGACGAGCCUCCUCAGACGUGCUGGACGGGAAUGUGUGGAUACCCUCAGCUGGUCACUCAGGUUCACGUGCUGAGCGCUGAGGGUCUGCAGGGUCAGGACUCCAACGGAGGCUCAGAUCCGUACGUGAUCAUUACCUGUGAGGGGGAGAAGGUACGCUCCCCAGUGCAUAAGGACACACGGAGUCCCAACUUCGACAUCAAAGGAGUGUUCUACCGCAAAAAGCCAAAGGAGGGGAUUCAUGUAGAGAUCUACAACAAGAACGUAAUAGUCGACACCUUUUUGGGUCAGGUGACCCUUUACAGCGACCCUAACGACCGACAGGAGCAGCACACCGUCCACCUGAGGGACAAGGGCAGUCGACAGGAGAACGACCUGCCGGGCACCCUGACUGUGCGCCUGAUUACCUGCACCACGCUGACCAACAUCUGACCAGUCGAUGCCCCCUUCCUCGCCCGCUCUCGCUUAUUGAUAUGUGCAGAUUUAUUUAUUUAUCCUUGCUGAUGUUCCUGGCUAAAUUUAGCUGCGCUGGUGGGAUGCAUAAGGGCUCUGCAUUAGUGUGCAUGUGCAGCUGAGGGGACCACGGUAUCUGGACCUGGUGGAGUCUUCGUCUCACGAUCAGCCGCCGGUCUCUGUUUCCAGCGACCCUCAGUGGAAAUUCCUUUCUCGCCUUUAUUGUUCAGACUAGCGUUACGACCCCGUCAG